GACGGAAGAGCUUCAGGAUUCAAAGCCAAACCAUACAGUGCGGUGGUGUCUUAUUUUCCCCCCCAGAGGACACUCCUGAGCUCUCCUUUUAUUGACAGUUGUGCUGGUCCAGGCUGUCUGUCAGAAGCGGAACCAAGCUCCAGCGGUGCUGUUUCUCCCCUUCGAAGACCAGUGGUCUCCCUGGUAAUGGGUUGCCUCUCUCUGGGGUACAGCUCCCACGCCAGUGAGAACCUCCAGAACUAGGCUGUGAAUCCAACUAGGAAGCCCUGCUGUCAACAUGACGGAAGAGCCCAUAAAAGAGACCCUGGGGGCCCCAAAGUCUCCCCUGCCAGUGACAAUGGAGAAAAGCCCGAAGAGCGAAGUUGUGGUCACCACAGUGCCCCUGGUCAGUGAGAUUCAGCUGAUGGCUGCCACGGGCGGGGCCGAGCUCUCCUGCUACCGCUGCAUCAUCCCCUUUGCCGUGGUGGUCUUCAUCGCGGGGAUAGUGGUCACUGCCGUGGCUUACAGCUUCAACUCCCACGGCUCCAUCAUCUCCAUUUUUGGCCUCGUCCUUCUGUCCUCUGGACUUUUUUUAUUAGCCUCCAGCGCCUUGUGCUGGAAGGUGAGACAACGGAGCAAGAAAGCCAAGAGACGGGAGAGUCAGACGGCUCUCGUGGCACAUCAGAGAAGCCUGUUUGCUUAAGACUGAAUGAGACCAAUGGGACCUGUGGCCUGAAAAUCCUGCUCUACUUUGUCCACCGAUUCGCCUUGAACCAGCAGGGGGAGAACGGGCUUGACAUUGGAUCAGACUAGAAAAGGGGAGGGGUGGGGUGGGAGUGAAGGGGGCUCUCCAUUGCAAGGAAUGACAAGUGUCUUCUUUAGUGACAACCUUAACCCUAAGGGCUAUUUCUAGGACUGCACAGUCAGCUCUUUCUUUAUAUUAAACGUUUUUGGGGGUCCUGGGAGGUGUGUGGCACUCGACAACAUUUGGUUCACCUUGGAAAGUUGACAAGAAAGAAUGAGAAAGUGAAGAGAUAGGUCUGGUACACCAUAUACCUGCCUCCAAAAGAAAGAACCCACACUCUGAACAAGCGUAGCCUAAGAACAUUCUGCAAGGUUCUACCCGGCCUCGCACUCUGCGUACUUCUUUGAGAUUCUGUGAUCAUUUGUUUUCAAUAAGUUGAUUCUCUGGCAUCUGUUUUCAUUUUUCACUCUCAGUAACUCAACACUGGUGGUACUUUAUCGUGAAGAAAUAAACUAAUAUUUUUUAUAUCUUAACAGUGGGCCGUUUUAGGUAAUUGUAAUGAUGUGUCAGAAAUAAAAAAAAAAAAAAGGCAAGGAAAAGGUAUGGUAAAGAUGACGGGGGGUUAAAUUAAUAUUAAAAUAAUCCAAUAUAGCACUUUUGAUGAUUUUUAUAUAAAAGUUUAAUGUACAUUUCAUUCAAAAUAAUAAAUACUCAUUGCUGCUGACACUUUUUAAA